UUCACCGGAGGCAGGGCACAGCAUCCAGUAGUACGACAGUAGCGAAGUUCGCAGCACGAUAGAAUUAUUUUUUUCAAUUCUAUUUUCAAUUUUAUCGAGUCUCGUGCGAUCGGCGAGAUACAUAUUUCGGAAAUGAAAGAUACUCUGUCUUUCGUUUUGGUUUUAUUAAUUGCUACCACUUCUUUGAACCGUGGUGAAAAGAUAAAAUUACCGAACAACAAUAAACGGUAUGUGGGUUUCCUCAACGUACCACGCAACGGACGAUCACCUGGGAUGACAGGAUACGCAAGGACAGAUCGAGCUUCCGGUCUGAUGCCGUUUCCCCGCAUCGGUCGUUCGGACCCAUCGGAUUACGACGUCGUACUUGAUUUAAAUUACGAUGAUAUGUCCCAUGAGGUGAAACGGCAGGGUCUGAUACCUUUCCCACGUGUAGGCCGGUCUCGCGACGUUUCCUCGUCACCCUACGGGAACGAGUUGGUCAAAGUAGCGAAGGUCAAGCGUACAGGUGACGCCGUCCCCAACGGUGGAAUGUGGUUCGGACCUCGCCUGGGUCGACUCCACAGACGCGCGGAUGAUCCGCAACCGGACGAUCAGCAGUGGGCGGUAUUCCCCCUACGAGAAUUUCCUGCGCCUGGACCACAAGCGGAUAACUUUACGCCAAGAUUGGGUCGUGAAUCGGACGGAGACGAGACUCAAAGUACCCCGAACACCGGCGGCUACUAGUUUGGCUUAAUUCGACGUAAUCUAAUCUCUCCUAACUUAACGUAAUCUAAUUUAGCCUAUAAGCUAUAUAAUGCCGCGCUGCAGGAUCUGAUGCAAGUUACAUUAUUUGAUUUUUAUUUCAUUUCUUUGCUUUCCCUUUUUUUUCACUCGCAUUUGGUUUUGUCGCGCCAGUGAUCGAAGAAUCGAUCUGGAUUAUCCGGAGAUGUAAUGUUAUAAUAUACGUACAAUGUUUCAUGCUCUAUAGAUACCAGAUAAGACAAUAUUAUUGUUACAAUAUACCUAUCGUUAUACUAGAUUUUGUAUGUAAUCUGGAAUUCUAAUACAUCAUAUGAUUUGAAUCGAUGUUAUUAAUGCACCGAAUUGUAUGUUCAUCCCACGCGUAUUUUCGCUGCACCAAAAACUGUGCACCGCUGGUGCAAUAAUAUGCAUGUUAUAUUGUACAAGUUUAUCACGGCGAGAUGGAAAUUGAUGUUUCAAAUUUAAUCAAACAAUACGACUCACGAGUCAAUCUGAAUAAUUGCGACGAAGAGAGAGGAGAAGAAAACCAAAUGGAAAGAGACAAGAGAGAUCAAUUUAACCGCUUCUAAGAUAUCAUGAAAAUAAUCUGAUUAAAUAAAGUUGCAUGUAUUACGAAAUGAACGAAUCGAUGUUACACGUAUUAAAGUUCGACAAUCUGUAACGAUAAAAAAUACCUAUUGGCAAUCCUUAAUUUUAUAUAAACGUACGAUACACAACUACAA